GUGUGGAGCACUCUGGUGUUGUCCCCAAGCAUCCAGCACUGAACCCCCUUGCUGGUUCUUGGAUUGUGCCCCAUAAUGACAUCACAGAUGCAGGGGUGACCCAGGCCCAGCAUUCUGUGGUUGCCCCCAGCCUUUGCUUCCCUACAACCUGGGUUAUGCUGUGUCCCAGACCUGCACCGUGUUGAUGGCUGCUUGGAGCAAAACCAGCCAUGUGAUCGAUCCCCUGGCAAGCCUCCAGGAAUAUUUCACUGGGGUGCAACAGCCCCCAAAUUGUGGGCAUGAACCACUGUUGAAGUGUCUUGUGCCACCUCGCCCAGGAGGAAGCUGAGGUACAGUCCAGCUCAUGUCAGUGCUGUCACGCACACAGUCCCUGCUGCUUUGUCACUGACCUUGUGCCAGGGGAGGUUUAGGUUGUAUGUUGGAAAUGCUGGGAAUUUUUUUUCCCGUAUGGGCUGUCCAGCCCUUGCACAGGGUGUCGAGGGCAGUAGUGGCAGAUUCUCAUCCCUGGAGAGGUUUAAAAGCGUUGUGGAUGUGGCACUUGGGGACAUCGGUUAGUGGUGGCCUUUGGCAAUGCUGGGGGAUAGUUCUUUGAGGGCUUUUCCCCCCCGACAGUGUUCCGUGGUUCGGUGUUCUCAGUGUCCUUAGGGCUGCGGAGUAAUUCAGUGCCGGAAGCCUUGAGGACACGAACGGCCAGCGACAUUAUCUUUUUUUUUUUUAUUAUUUUGUUUAUUUAAAUAUGUCUUUGGCCUUCCCGGCUGCUCGCGGUUGAAACGGAAUCGCCGAUCGGAGCGCUGAGAGAACGGGGCGGAGCGCGGGAGGACCCUCCGCACCCAGCAGCCACUGAACGCUCCCCGAGCCCGGCCCGGCCCGGCCCGGCCCGGCCCCCCCGGACCCCGCAGCCCCGUUCCGGUCCCGCCCCGCGGAUGCGCGGCCCGGCGAGCGAGAUGGUGCCCGAGCUGGAGAAGGCUACGGUCCGGAUCCGGCAGCCCGAGCGUGUGCGGGGGAUCAUCCGGUCUCUGCGGGAGCAGGGGGUGGCCAAACUGCAGGUCAUUUCUGACUUUGACAUGACACUGAGCAGGUUUGGUUGCAAUGGGAAGCGCUGCCCCACAUCUCACAAUAUCCUUGAUACCAGCCGUGUUAUCAGUGAGGAUGGCAAGAAGCAGCUGAAGGAUUUGCUCCACUAUUACUAUCCCAUUGAAAUAGAUCCCAACCGGACAAUGGAAGAGAAAUGUCCCCUCAUGGUGGAGUGGUGGACCAAGGCUCAUGAGCUGCUGGUGCAGCAGAAGAUCCACAAAGGUGACAUAGCGCAGAUCGUCAGAGAGUCAGAAGCGAUGCUCAGGGAUGGCUUCAAGGAGUUCUUUGAUCAGCUGCAUAAGAACAACGUCCCCCUGUUCAUCUUCUCUGCUGGCGUCGGUGAUAUCCUGGAAGAGAUUAUCCGUCAGGCCAAUGUCUUCUACUCCAAUGUCAAUGUGGUGUCCAACUACAUGGACUUCAAUGAUGAUGGAGUCCUCACACACUUCAAGGGACCCCUCAUCCAUACCUACAACAAGAACAACACCGUGCUGCAGGGCACAGGGUACUUCCAGCAGCUGAGCACAAGGACAAGCAUCAUCCUGCUGGGGGACUCCAUGGGUGACCUGACGAUGGCAGACGGUGUUCCCAGCGUGGAGAACAUCCUCAAGAUCGGCUUUCUCAAUGACAAGGUGGAAGAGCGGAGGGGGAAGUACCUGGAUUCCUAUGACAUUGUGCUGGAGAGCGACGAGACGCUGGACGUGGUGAACGGGAUCCUGCGGUACAUCCUGACUGAGACGUGAGCUGGGGAUGUGGUGUCCCAGCUCUGGCACACAGCAGGCACUGGGCAGGGAAUGUCCUUCCUGGGACAGAGCUGGAGGGCACCUGCUGGUACUGGUUGAGCUCCAUCCCGACUUCACUAAUGCCCUCAGCCAGCCCUGGAGCAGGAGAGGUGAGAUGGAGGAAGCUUUCCUUUCUCUUUUCCCAAACUCUGCCUGGGUCUACAGUUUCCCACCCAGACUGACUCUAUCCUGCUCGGACUUCAUCCCACUGGGAAUUCACCCCUGCAACCUCCUGAGCCACAGCAAGCCAUUCUGUGUUUCAGACAGAUGUUCUGCACUUGCUUCAGCAGAUGGGGGUGGAAUGGAGAUUACUGUGGGCUGAGGACAGACCUGGUUUAGGUGUGCCACUGUGUUCCUGGCUAAGAAAACAAGUCUCUCUCUCAUCCUGUGUUCUGUGGGCUUCAAAGCUCCUGGGCUGACUCUGGUGCCAGUGCAGCCACUGGGCUGGUGUGGCCCUGCUGGCCAUCACAUCACCCAGUCCCACAUUCCCUAUGUAAACCAGCAGCUCUCUGGCCUCCUGUCUAAGCUCAUCCCUCUUGCACCAGUACAGCUCUUACUGUGGGAAAAAAACCUUUCCCAGCCGUCCCUGAAGGCCCCAGAGCUCAGGUGCUGCUGGUGCCCAAAGCCAGAAGUAAGUUUUGUCUGCCAGAGAUCAGAGGAGGAGGGGUGGGGGUGAGGGUGCGGGAGGAGAGGCCGAUGGCAGAAUUUUGAGUUUUAAGCGAUGUUUUACCUGACCAUGUUUGUGUCCGGAAUUUCUGGGCUGAUCCUAGUCUCUCAGAGCAGCAAUAGGAAAAGACCAUUUUGUUGCUGUAUAACCUCUGGUUAUGUGGGACUUUGGGAAGACCAGAUUUGUUCUCUGCUUUGGAAUA